UAAUACAUUCCAAUACAUUCCAAUUUCCAUGGAUACAUCAAUGUACAUCUGUAUUGUUACGUCAUGAUUAAUAGUGUUGUUGUAAAUAUUGUGCUUGAUCUCGUGAAAUUAAUAAAAGAAAGACAUAAAUAAAUAAAUUAAAAUAACAAGAUAUUUAAAGAAAAAAAAAAGUAUUCAUUAACUUGUUCAUGCGCAUGCUUUAAAAUGCGUAAUAUGAUCUUGAUAUCAGCUGAUAUAAGUCAGACAAUAAUUAUAGCCUCCUAAAAUUUUAUUACUAUUUAACAUUAAAUAAUCAUCAACUUUAAAUAACAAUUAUCAUUUUAAAAAUAUUCAAUUGACUUGUUGUAACUUGUAUUUUAAUUCAAACCAACAUGAAUCAUUUAAUUAACCAGUGAAUUAACUUACUAUUGAUUACUAUUGAUGAUGAUUUUAUUUUGAUAAAGCUAAUUUAAAAAAAAAAAAACAAAUAAAAUGUCUGGGUUGACUUGAUAAAUCAAUAAUAAUUUGUGACAAAAAUUAAAGUUGAAAUAAUAUAUAGUUAUUAUUUGAGCAAGAUGUUGUCAGAGGUAGAUGUAUUUAUCAGUAAUUAUACACUAGUUGAUCCAGAAGUAUAUCAACUAUGGGUUGAUGGCCACUCAUCUAGUGAAGCAGUUAGUAUACUUCAUCAACGAGGAAUAUGUCAACAAACAAAUGCACCAAUUGAGCUUGUUGCAUCUGAUGUACUUGAUCAUUAUCGUACUUAUUCACUUCUUGAAAGAUUAUUGGCAAUACCAAAAAAAUUAACCAGUGAACAAUUGUCAUUUCAAAUUGAACCACAAACUAGUCAAAUGUUGAUAGACAUGUAUUAUGAACUUGAUGAUGGUGUUGUUAGAGAAUUACUUGGUAAAAAAUUAACAUCAAAAGGUCGUAAAGAUAUGGAUGAAAUUGCUGAAAAAACAGGUGUUACAUCAAAAAGUUGUAGAAGACAAUAUGAUAAUAUUAAAAAAAUAUUUAAAACUGUUGAAGAUUUACCUGGUUCUCUAGUCACAAAUAUUAAACAACAUUUUUUACUUCCUGAUGAUUUAGCCAAACGUUAUGCAGCAAUAGUAUUUAUUGCAUGUUUACGAUUUGAAAUGAAUAAAAGAAAAUUACAAUUUUUAACAUUUCCUGAUAUUUAUCAUUGUGCAAAUGUCAUGAUGACAUCCUGGACUUAUCGUUAUACUGGAUCUGAAUAUUUUGAUACUGAUUUAGAUCGUGAAUUUCUUCUUGAACUUGCUGAUUGUCGUGUAUUGAUGGACAAUGAAAAACAUCAUAAACACUUGGUAUGUAUUAAAUUAAAGCCAAUGCUUUUGGAACGUUCAUAUCAAGAUUUAGAAUCAAAUUUUCGUACUUAUUCUCGAGCUUUAUUGGGUGUUGGAUUAAAUUUAAAUCGUUCAAGAGAGCUGAGAUUUUUUUUUCUUGAACUUGUUGAAAGACUCAUUGAACCAUGGCGACAAAUCACUUGGUCACAUACUGAUUUAAGAAAUUUUUUGGGAGCUUAUUUACAGUGUGCUUUGGACAUGGAUGUAUUGAGGGAAGGAUCUUUAAGAGAUGCUUUUGAAAGAUAUCUAAAAGUUGUUACAAGUUGUCUACUACGAAUGUACCAUACAUGAUGAAAAAAAAAUUAUCGAAAUAAUUUUAUCAUAAAUAUUGUUAAUCAUCAAAAAUUUUAAUAUUGGAAAAAAAAUUAUAUUUAAUAUCAAGUCAUUAUAAUUAUAUAAUAAUCAAAGUUAAUAUAUAAAUUAAAAACUAUAAUGAAUUAUUUUUUUGUUCUUUUAAAUGUUUGUAUUUUUAAUUUUAACAAUUAAAUUAAUUAAUUUCAUUUUUUGUUAAUUAUAUCAAGCAAUUUUUUCUAGAUGUCUAGCAGCAUCACGUAAUUUAUUUAAUAAUUCUUGUAGUUGAAAUAUCGAACAGCUAAAUAUAACAUGUUUUAUUUCUUCGUAAUUUUUAACAACAAGACAAAUAUUAUAAAUGUCAUCAGUUUUAUCAUCUGUAUUUAACUGAAAAUAAAAUAUAUAAUAAUUAGAUUGAUUGAUA